AUGGACCAUCCAAAAGCCAUCCUGUACUGUGUAACUGAGGCUCUUGCACGGUUUGAAUUUUACACAGCUGCCCGUAGUCAAGAUCUGGUUCCUUGUACAACCUGUGGAAAACAUUUUGCACAAGAUGUUCCACUGAGACAUGAUCCAAUAUGCAGGAAAGUCUUCAACAAGAAGCGUAAGCCCUUCAGCUCUGUGAAACAGAGACUGCAGGGAACAGAAAUCACCACUGUGAAGAAGAAGCCCCCGCAAAAGUAACAGCCAGAAAAGAAAUCUGACUGGAGGCAGCACCAUGAGGAUUUUAUUAAUACUAUUCAACCAGCCAAGCAUGUCACAAAAGCUCUGAAGGAGGGCCACCCACUUCCGCCUCCUCCCCCACCAAGCAUCAAUCCAGAGUAUAUUCAGUGUCCACACUGCUCAUGAAGGUUUAAUGAGGCUGCAGCAGGGAGGCAUGUGAAGUUUUGCGAAGAACAAGCUGCCCGCCGUGCCUUUGCUGCCAAGACUACUGGGAAGGCUUUGUAAGCAAACACAGGCAAGCAGCCAGUGACUCAGAGGAAACCCCCAAUGUUGAUAACUGCUGUGCUUCUGCUUCAGAAGAGGCUACAAGAAAGUGCCAAUAUAGACAAACCUAGGCCAGAGACCUCUCUAGGAAUACUGUGGAAAAUCAGAAAAUCUUUGGAGCCAUGUCAGAGCAGCAAGAAGGCCUUUCAGUCCCUGCUUAAGGUGGUUAUGGUGCUGUUGUGCAUGGGGACGGCUCAGGUCAUCAGCAUCUUGCACCCCUGUGACAUGCAUAUGACUGCAGAAUAUGAUAAUCUGGCAGGGAACAUAGCCAAGACAGAUCCCCUGUAG